AUGGAGACAACACCAAAUCAUAAACAACGAAAAUUCAAGGAAUUGACGCCGAAAGAAUUGGCUAUACUUCGAACAAAUUCGAAACUGAGCGACAAAGAGAUCAAAAUGUGUUAUGAAGGAUUUAUUGAAAUGUGUCCGACAGGUCAACUUGAUCAGAAAACAUUUACUUCGAUAUGUAAAACAUUUGAUCCAGACACCGAUGAACAAAUAUGCGGCGACGGGACAGUUGAUUUUAGUGAAUAUCUUUUUGCUACAGCUGUUACCAAUUUUAGCGGUGAUCUAGAACAACGACUUGAAUUCAUAUUCGAUUUUUGGGAUAUUUCUGAAGAUGGACAACUCGAUCAGAACGAAUUGGGUCGUUUGAUUUCGGCUAUGUAUGAUCGAGCUCGAAUAAAAGAUCGUCAUGGUGAUAAUGAUCCUCAUAAACGUGCGAAAGAAAUAAUCAAGAAACUUGACAUUAACCAUGAUAAGAAAAUAAGCAAAGAAGAAUUUAUUCAAGGAUGUCAACGUGAUGAAGUCAUCGCUAAACUUCUUGCUCCUGCACUGUAA